AUGGCUUUGAGCUCAAUAUGGAGGCGAGGGGGAUGGCAGAGGGCCUUCUUUGGUGAUUUGACAGUCCGCCUGUUCGGCUUCGCGAGCUGGAUUCCUCUCAUCAUCUGGGUACGCUACAAUGUAGCCGACAUAUCCAACAUACACGGCCCGUCCAUGUUCCCCUUCCUCAACGAGGACAUCGACACUUCCUGGAAGCGGGACGUAGUCCUCAAUUGGAAGUGGGACUGCAAGCAGAAUCUGCACAGAGGCAUGGUCGUUACCUUCAGGAGCCCAUAUAGCCCGGAAACCGUUGUUGUGAAGAGAAUCAUUGCCCUCGAGGGUGACUUGGUGCGGACGAGGCCGCCAUACCCUGAUCCUGUGGUGAAGGUGCCGCAAGGUCACGUCUGGGUGGAGGGGGACGGACCCGAAGGCAAGAGCAUUGACAGCAACACGUACGGGCCGAUCGCGAUCCAGCUGAUCACCGGAAGGGUCACCCACAUCUUGUACCCAUGGCGCAAGUUCGGUAGUGUGAAGUGGUGGGAGUAUAAGCCACGGCCAUGGCUUCCUUCUAGCAGGGACUUUGAGGCAACAUAAGACACGGUUAUGUUCAACAUUGGCGCCAGCACUCUUCAUAUAAAUUCCUAAGCAGCCUUGUGAUCUCCGUAGAUUAAUCGCGGAACAGAGUGGUUAGCUAUUUCAGCCAAGGACGGAGAACUCGGAGCUCUCGGGAUAUUCGGUGCUCGGUAGAACUUGUCCAAGUCAACGGAGGACUUGGCUUGGUGUCAAUUCAGGGGUACUUGCUGAGUACCAUACGUGAUUUGCCUGAGAGGACCUACGUACAUACCUUACAGAUACGGAUAGGUUAUCUCGUCAAUGCACAGACCACCGC